CUGGAUGGCAUUACUAUGCUGGUCGACGGAUAUAUGUACUACAAACAAACAGUUAAUACUGAAGAAACUAUGUGGGUUUGUUCUGGAAGUAAAACUCACAAUUGCCCAGCCACCAUCUACUCGUUCACUGCGAAUAACUGUGUUCUGAAGCUCAACGAAAAACACAACCACCCUACAGACAAUGAAGAUUUGAAGAAAGUCCAGGAUAAUGUAGAUAAGGCAUAUAAAAAGGAUGUGUAUGUUCGUGGUCCAGGCAUAUUAUGUAAGAAGAUAGGGCCAACGUUGCCGGUCCAGAAAAUACGCCCCAAGAAGUUAAGUCAGUUGACUUAGUUUCUUUCAUGGUAAAUACAAAAACAUAACUUUUAAUGAAGAAGCAAAAUGAAACUUUUGUACAAAAUAUAUUUCCAGAACUGAUCUUUACAAAACAAAUUGUGCCAAUGCAAAUAUUCGGUCAAAACACUUGGAAUUCGUAAACUUGAACUUGAACGGAUAUAAAAAUAACUAGUGCCAAAAAUUUCAAAUCCAGCUACUAUCACUAUGAUGGUUGACGGAUAUAAGUACUGCAAAGAAACGACAAAUAGUGGUGAAACUAGGUGGGUUUGCUCUGUAAAUAAGAUUUACAAUUGCCCAGCCACAAUCUACGUGUACUCAGCUGGCAACAAUAUUCUGAAGCUCAACGAGAAACACAACCACACUAGAGAUCACGAAGGUUUGAAGAGUGUCGAAGUCCCGAUUAAAAAGUCUUUGGAAAAAGAUGUUGAAGGCCCUGCCAUAUGUAAAAUUGACACGGUCGCUAGUAUUGCCGUGCCAGAAACAACGCCACUUAGAAACGAAACUCAGCCAACACCAUCAUCAUCAACUACAUCAUCAAAAAUAAAUGAUGACGCUGAUGAAGGAUCAAGCAAUUCAGCUGAUGGAAUCAUCUUCAAGACUCGUUUGGGGAAGCAAGCCAUUAAAAUAGGCAAGCACCGAUUUGAUAAGGAUUAUGAAAUGAACAAGAAGGUUUUCUGGAGGUGUAACAAGAAGAACAAAGGCUGCAAGGCUUACGUGAGCACCUUUAGUGGCGUGGUCAUGCAAUGCGGAUCACAUAAUCAUGAAUGA